AUGUCGGACACUCUUUCUGACGCGGAAAAGAUUCGCAAUAAGCGCCUCGCGAAACUCCAAAACCCGGCCGCACCUGCUAGUCCGCCUGCUGAUGAAUCUUCUGGCUCUCCUCCGAUUCCCGCUAGCCCUUCCCCGGCACGGUCGCCAGCGCCGCCACAGCAGUCGACUGGAAUCUCCAAUGGUUCAUCAUCCGCUGCACAGAAACCGCAGCAUCCAGAAGGGAAGCGGAUCAAAAUAACGCCAAGUGGUUCUGCCUCGGCUCCUGAAAGACCUCGUUCUGUUGGGCCGUCUUCAUCCCGAGCUUCCACACCUGCGAAGUCUGAUCCUACGCCACAAAGUAUUGAGGACUUUGAGCACCAUGUCCUGAGCGAUUUGUUCAAGCUGAGUCUAGAGGAGAGCUCUUUCGGAAAAAAAGAUCAACGAGUGUUUCUCCCCGGGUUGCGGAGUGAGCUGCAGGAUGAAGGUCAAGAAUUGCGCUUGCAUACAGCAAUUCUGGACCAAGCGCUCCUGGAAGCGGCAUCGAAAGCAGAGAAGCAACGUCCGCUUGAUUACUUGCUUCCUUGCUGGAACAGGAUUCAUGAAAGAAUGAAGAAACCAGAUCCAGAUUCAAGAAAGUGGAAUAUCUACUGUGAGGCCAAAAGAUUGUGUCUUAGCUAUUGCAUUUUCGCGAUUACGAUGCCAGAGAUGUUUGGAAUUGACUCUCCCGAGUCUCCAUUGGCUCGGCAGUUAUUGCUGAGCCCGGAUGACAAGAGAGGAAUCCAUCCUGACUUCCUCAAGGAAAUAGCCGGAAAGUUUGAUGAAGAUGAAGGCCUCAAGCCCGCCUUGAUUGUUGCGGUUGAAGAGUUAAGCGCCCAGCUGUCAUCUAAGGAUGCUAAUGGCGACUUUCAAUCCUAUUUCACUGCGUUGAGAAACCUGGUCGUUGAUAAGACCAUUGCAACUGCUAUAACCGAGUCUUCCGUUUUCAAUGCUUCGAAAGACCCAGCUCAAUUUGAGAAGUCUACUCUUCUGGGACCCUGGUUCCGGAUCUCUCCUCUUCAGCCCAAAGUGACAAUGUCAUACUUUUCCAGUCCCACGACCCGAGACAAGGGAUUCAUCGCGAACUCGCAAAACUCCCUUCGCAUGAUGCAAAAUAUGAUCCAGUGGGACCUCGACUUCAUCAUAGACAAAAUUAUUCACUCCUCUCGAGAGGCUAGGUACCGAGUUCUGGAUUGGGCUGCGACUGCUUUGAAUAUUAAUCAUAAACGACGCGCAAUGCAAGUUGAUCCUGAGCAAGUCGCCUCUGAUGGCUUCAUGUUCAAUCUCACGUCCGCUCUAGAUAAGCUUUGUGCUCCAAUCAUGAACAUCCAGUUCGCCAAAAUCCAUACCCUUCAUGCGGAGUAUCUCCAGCAAAGCCCUCGAGUGGACAUGCGAGAUGAGACAAAGAUCAAUGCAGACCAGCAUGCCUCUGAUGCAUACUAUUCCAAAAAAGUGGACGGCAGCCCCAACUUCAACAGCGAGGUCUUUUUCCUAACAAUUGCUGCACAUCACUAUGGUAGUGAAUCGCUGACCUCAAAACUGGAACAACUCGAGAAGGAUCUCAGACAUAUGGAAUCCACAAUCCACAAAUUCGAGCUUGAGCGGGACCGAUGGGCUGGAAUCCCCACGCAAUUGCGCAUCUUUGAGCAGGCGCUCAAGAAAUACCGCGAUAAGCUCGACCUUGGGCUGGCAUUGAAGUACAGCCUCGGAGCUGUACUUUCUGACAAAGAAUGGCAAAGUCGCUCGAUAGAGUUUAUUCGCCAUGUCGCUGUCUGGCUGUUGAGAGUUGCCUCAGGAGUGGAUUUCCCGAAAGAGAAGUUCACUCUGCCUCUUCCACAGCAGCAACCUGAAGUUUUCCAAUGCUUGCCGGAGUAUUUCCUCGAUGUCAUCAUCAACAAUUUCAAGUUCGUUAGCUUGUUCAUGCCAGAGACCGUCACUGCCACUCUAGGCGACGAAUUGGUGAUGCUGUGCAUUACAUUCCUGGAGAGCUCCAGCUACAUAAAGAACCCAUACCUCAAGGCCGGCCUCGUUUCAAUGUUGUAUCGAGGCACGCUAGACCGUGGCAACGGCACCCGCGGUGUCUUGGUAAACCUGCUCAACUCGAUGCCGUUUGCCAACGAGUACCUCUUGCAUGCUGUCAUGAAAUUCUACGUUGAAGUAGAGCACACUGGAGCCCAUACCCAGUUUUUCGACAAGUUCAACAUCCGGUAUGAAAUUUUCCAGAUUAUCAAGUGCAUCUGGCCCAACACCUUGUAUCGAAAGAAGUUGGCCAUUCAAGCCACGCAGAACCAGGAUUUCUUCGUCCAAUUUGUCAAUUUGCUAUUGAACGAUGUGACAUAUGUACUUGACGAGUCCUUCAGUGCCUUCAAAACCAUUCGCAACCUGCAGGAUGAACUCAAGCGCGACGGAAGCUCAAUGGACCCUAAUACUCGGCAACAGCGCGAGGAGCAUUUGACGACCACCCAGCGCAGUGCCAAAUCUUACAUGCAGCUGACCAACGAGACAAUGGCCAUGCUAAAGCUCUUCACUGCCGCACUGGCCGACUCGUUCACCAUGCCAGAGAUUGUCCAGCGGUUAGCCGACAUGUUAAAUUACAAUCUCGACGCCAUGGCCGGGCCCAAGAGCUCCCAGCUCAAAGUGGAAGAAAAUGUGAAACUGAUGGCAGAGAAGUACGGAUUUGACCCGCCAGUAGUUCUCAGCGAGAUUGCGUCAAUUUACCUCAACCUUAUGAAAAAGCAAAGUUUUAUCACGGCAAUCGCUCGUGAUGGACGUUCUUACAAACCUGAGCUGUUCAAGCAAGCAGCAGACCUUUUACGGCAGCACAAUAUGACAUCUGAGGAAGACUUGCGACGUUGGGAUCGUCUGCGAAAGAGUGUCCAGGAAGCCAAGGAGGCAGAUGACCAGGCGGAGGAGGAUCUGGGCGAGAUCCCUGAUGACUUCUUGGAUCCUCUCAUGUACACUCUGAUGGAAGAUCCCGUUAUCCUGCCGAGCUCGCGGGUCUCGAUUGAUCGUUCGACUAUCCGCUCGCACCUUCUUAGUGACCCUCACGAUCCCUUCAACCGUGUUCCCUUGGUCAUGGAGGAUGUGCUACCUGAUACCGAGCUUAAGGCCAAGAUUGAGGCGUUCAAGGCAGAGCGGACGGGCAAGAAGGGCCCGGCAGCGGAGCAGAUGGAUACGUCUGCGGAUUAA